GGAAGAUCUUUAUCUUUCAAAAAAGAUCUUUCUUCUUAUUAAUUACUCUUUGAUCCAAAUUCUAUUAAUCAAAUAAAAAGUGCGCAUUUCGAUGCAUCUUAUAAUGAAAACUUAUUAACUGUUAAACACUGUUCUCAGUAACAAACAAAGCUUCUUCAAGCAUUCACCAUUUUCUUUCAUCCAUUUUCCCUUUUUAAAUUCCGCUAAUUCUUCUCCAAUUUUUCAUCUUUUCCGUCUUUAUUUGUUGGAUCCAAUCCAACCAAUUACAUUAAGAUUCGAUUUCACCCCAUCAAUAUAAUUUUCAUUUCUAGGGUUUUAAUCGGUUGCGUUAUUGGACGACACACUUUUUCUCCAAAUGAUUGGUCUUUGAUCAUUGCAUUGUUCAAUCAGUUGUGAUUCCGUUUCAAAAAGAAUAUAAUUUUGCUUUUUUUCCUCUCAGAUUUAUCUCUUCAAUUUAAUUUUCCCCUUUUUAAUUUUUAAUUGUGAUGCAAGAAUAUCGGAGCAAGAUUCUAGUUGUGUCAUUAUGUUUACAUUAAAGAAUAGUGAAACUCUUGCUCGGUUUUUGUAUCAGAAAACUCUGCAUAAUAUGGCUUAUUCAAUAGGCUAUGAUCCUUGUUCCCAUUUGAGCAAAGUUUAUGCUAAUAAUAUUUUUGGGGUUAGUAGAAGAAUUGGAUUUGGAAGAAAAGGUUGUGGCUUUUACACUAGUGGUAGUAGUAAUAGUACUAGAUUAUUUGUGAGGGCUAAUGCAAGGUCUCGUGGCUUUGCGUCUGAUUUGGAAAAAGGGAGUUCUGUUGGUGGUGAUGCUACUCUUGUUAAGGUUGAUGAUGGAGGACUAAAUGGAAGUCCUGCUACACCUCGUUGUUUCCGGGAUCGACGUUUGUCUGAGAAAGUUGUUGUUGCUGUUGAUGUGGAUGAGGUAUUGGGAAACUUUGUGUCGGCUCUCAACAAGUAUAUUGCGGAUCAAUAUUCAUCAAAUUACUCAGUUUCUGAAUAUCAUGUGUAUGAAUUCUUUAAGAUAUGGAACUGUUCGCGUGAUGAAGCUGAUAUUCGCGUUCACGAGUUUUUUAAGACGCCAUAUUUCAAGUCAGGGAUUCACCCUCUCCCAGGUGCUCAGAUGGCACUUCAAAAGUUAUCAAGAUUUUUUAACCUAUCAGUUGUAACGUCUCGGCAGAAUGUAAUUAAGGAUCACACAAUUGAAUGGAUAGAGAAGAAUUUCCCAGGACUGUUUCAUGAGAUUCACUUUGGUAAUCACUUUGCACUUGAUGGAAUAUCAAGACCAAAAUCAGAGAUUUGUAGGUCUUUAAAUGCCAAGGUUCUUAUUGACGAUAACCCGCGGUAUGCCAUAGAGUGUGCUGAUGUUGGAAUUAAAGUCCUACUUUUUGAUUACGAAAACUCGUAUCCUUGGUCCAAGAACGAGUUAGUUGACGAGCAUCCUUUGGUGACCAAAGUUAAGAACUGGAAAGAAGUGGAACAACAAUUGAUGUCACUGAUAGCUUCAUAGUCUACAUCAAAUGCUGGACACAUUCAUGUUUUUGAGACGUCUAACAUAUAUUCCUGAAGAAGUGAAAUAAUUUGAAGUUGCUGCAAGAAGAUGACUAGCUAGAGGAAUGAAUGACAGAAUCGUAUUCUUUUUUCCCAUUUUGAGCAAAAUUAAUGAAGAUUGGGGAUAAGUUGUUCACUAUGGUGGAUAUUCUAGUGAUUUAUUACUUUAUUGAUAACUUAGCAAGUGGAACCUAAAUGAAUUUACAAGUGGAACCUGAAUGAUAUGGUUGUACCAUAUAAUGACUCAAACGUUAAUAAAAUAAAUGUAUGACAUUUGAUAUA